AUGAAUUGUCAAUUAUUUUAUAGGGCGAGGGGAACAAUUAGAAUAGAAUAUCUAAAUUUCAAAAAAAUUCAGGUAAAAAUCACCCUAAUUCGUCUUCAAGGAGAACCUAAUGUUAUUGAACUUUCUGGGAGAAUAGACACAGAAGAGGCUGCGGAAGAAGAAUUACAAGAGAGAAGGGACAGCAAUGAACAACAAAUUGAAGAUGGUCUUGACUGUAGCCCACCCUCAUGUCCAUUAAAGAGAGUUUGGCCUUUUUUAGUGCAAAUUUUUCAGCCUUUGCUUUCUGGCAUUGAUAGCUACAGAACACUUCCUUUUAAUCUAAGCCUUAUGUUUAUUGGCGAGUGCUUCUUUACCUGCUCAGAAGGUGCGCAAAAAUUAACAGCUCGUUCUUUGGAUGCUAUUCAAACUUUAAGUUCUAUUCAAAGAAUUAAAAAUGUCCGGUUUAAAGCUGAUCAGGAUCAGAUUUAUUCUCUUAAUCUGGAUCAAUGCUUUCCUGACUUUCGACCUACCAAAAUGACUGACUUUUCGCCAGCUAAUUACCCUUUAACAUUAAAACAGCAACAAAAUCAUUCACAAACUAAAGGCAACACUAGUCCCCUCUCUCCACUAUUAUAUUCCUCUUCCUCAACCUCCGAUGAACCGGCAACGUCCGCUACAUCCUUAGGGGAUUCCCGCGUACAAUCACCACGAACUGUGACAGAGAAAAAACGUGUAGAUCGCUCGCCAUCUUGUGUUCCUUCAUUUGAUUCAAAAACUGAACAGAUUUGUUCUUCUCCCUCACCUUCUCCACAGCCUCAGCAUUGUUUGAAUGUCGAGGGAAGUGGAUACAAGUAAAUAAUUUUACGCUAGAAUCUUAAAUUCGCUAGACUCCUCACUUCCUCCCCUCAUAAAAAGUUCUUCCUUAGUCUAGAUUCGAGUUGGCGAAGUCGAGCGAAAAUUUUUUAAUUUUUGUAAGACUACGAAGCCAGAUUUCUUCCAUUUCUUACAAAAAAGUCUAUUUUUAGGGGUGUAUAU